AUGACAGUUAUCCACGAGGUAGCGUUCUUCGUCGUCGUGUCGACGGCUAACUUCACGCCACACUGCGGUUUCCAUCAAGCGCUCUCUAUCCUGAACAUCAUAGGCUCCGAUCUAGGCGUCACGAGCCCAGGGCAACUCGUCUGGCUCGUCGCGGGCUUCGGCCUAACCGGAACGCUGAUUCUCUUGGCGGGUCGACUCGGAGACCUGUACGGGCAUAAACUCAUCUUCCUCGUCGGAAAUGCUUGGUUUGCGGGUUUUUCGCUCGUGGCCGGGUUGUCCAUCUACGCGCCCCAACCCUAUGCAGUCUUCCUCUUCGCGCGCCUCAUGCAGGGCAUCGGCCCUGCGCUGCUGGUGCCGAAUGCAGUGGCGCUCUUGGGGGUCACCUAUGUCCCUGGACAGCGGAAGGCUAUGCUGUUCGCCAUCUUCGGCGCGAUGGCGCCGACCUCUGCUGUCAUCUCGCCGGCCUUCACCAGCCUGUUGGCGUUGGCGUGGUGGCCGUAUGCAUUUUUUGCCUUAGCCGCCUUUUUAACUCUGGUUGCGCUUGCUGGCGUGUUCGUCAUCCCUGGCGGGCUCUCCCCGGAGAGAAGAAGAAUCCCCUUCAAGGCGUCGUGUGCCGAACUAGAUAUCCUCGGCGCCGUGUCCGGGGUCGGCGGCCUCGCCUUCGUUAGCAUCGCUUGGAACCAAGCAUUGAUCGACGGGUGGCGGAAGCCCUACGUCUCCGGGUUCCUGAUAGUCGGAACCCUACUAUGCGUGAGCUUCAUCUUUGUUGAGAAGCACGCCCGCAAACCCCUGAUACCCGUCCAGGCCAUCAAUUCAGGGGUCACUUUUGUCCUCGCCGCAGUCUUCUGCGGCUGGGGUUGCUUCGGGAUUUAUAUCUAUUACAUAUGGCGGUUUUAUGAAAUAUUGCGGGGCGCGUCACCUCUACUAGCUACCGCGAUGCACAGCCCAAUUCUAGUUAGUGGCAUCGCAGCAGCCAUCACUACGGGGAUGAUCAUUCACCGUGUUGGCCCUGCGAUCGUGAUGGCCCUCGCGCUGUUAGCAUUUACUGUUGGCACCACUCUCAUAGCAACGGCACCCAUUACUCAGACGUAUUGGACGCAGACUUUCUUUUGUAAUGUGAUCGUCACGUGGGGGAUGGAUUUGAGCUUCCCGGCGGCGACACUGAUGCUUUCAGACCUCGUCUCCAGCGAGCACCAAGGCAUCGCAGCCAGCCUAGUCACCACGGUGGUUAACUACAGCGGCGCACUCGCGUUAGGCAUUGCCGGGACCGUCGAGCUUCAGGUAAACGAUGGGGGGAGGACUGCCGAUGAUGUUCUCAAGGGUUACAGGGGGGCUUGGUACGUGGCCAUCGGUCUAGGCGUGCUCGGCCUUAUUUUGUGCCUGGUAUUUACCUGGAAGUUCUCGAGACGCCAGAGAGAAGCGGCUGGAAGUUGA